GAAAUUGCAAUUCAUUAAGGAACGCUCGGAUGACGACUCGUAGAUUUUGAAUAAUCAAAAUAUUUGUAACUUCGCUGGAGGAAUUUCGAUGAAAAAUUUCUAUUUUAUCCGGGGUUUUACAUGUUGGGAGUGUACCUGAGGAACAGCAGUUAUGGUACUUUCUGAGCAGGAGGUUUUACGAAGUGUUUACACUAUAUGUGAACAUGAGAAACUGUCAAUCGAAACAAAGAACAACUUGAAAGGUUACUUAUUUACUGUGGUUAUAACACUGCUUGGUGGGUUUCUUUUUGGUCCGAAUGGAUUUGUUAUCGGUGGCAUAAUCGGUGGAUAUACAGCAUAUAAGAAGGCCUACACGAUUAAACCUGCUUCAGAAGUCCUCCCUGAAAUGUCAGAACAUGAAAGACAUCUGUUGUGCCAAAUGUAUUCAAAAGUAUUUCGCGGUGUUAGUGUUAUUACAGCGGCCACUUUAUUGACGAUGAUCAGAAAUAAUCGAUCUUAUUAUCUUGAAAUUUUAUAUUUUAUACGGUUUUUCAUCACAUCAAAAUUAAGAUUGAAAGUAAAUAACUGAUUGAACCAAUU